AUGACACAAUGGGACGGAUGGAGUAAUAUGGGAGUGGGGAGGAACUGACUGUUGAUUAAAAAAAGCGGUUUAAAAUCGGUUACAAGAGUACAGCUGGCAAUCCUUAGAGCAACACGUUUCACAAAUGUCUUCUCUCUCCUCUCUCUCUCUUCCUCCGUUAACGUCGCCGUCGUCGCCUUUUGCAACGCAGCAGCGGCGGCGGAGGAGGAGUUGCUGCUUCCGUCGUUCAUCGAGAGUCGGCGGCGCGUGCGUUUCACUUUCAUCGGUUACCGUUUUGUGUUCGAAGGAACCGAAAGUUGUUGUCACAAGAGAACGCGGCAAGAACAGCAAGCUCAUCAAUGCUCUGGGCAGACAUGGGAUUGAUUCUCUUGAGCUUCCUCUCAUUCAACACAUGCACUUACCUGAUCUAGACAGGCUCACUUCUUUAUUAAGUGAGGCCAGGUUUGACUGGAUUAUCAUUACUUCACCAGAGGCGGGGAAGGUUUUUCUUGAUGCUUGGAAAGCUGCUGGGACCCCAUCUAUCAGAGUAGGGGUCGUUGGAUCUGGCACAGCUAGCAUAUUUGAUGAAGCUGUUCAGUCUUCAAAGCAGUAUCUUGAUGUGGCAUUUGCACCAUCGAAGGCAACAGGCAAGGUUUUAGCUUUAGAGCUUCCAAAAAAUGGGAACGACAAGUGCAGUGUUCUCUAUCCUGCUUCAGCUAAAGCCAGCACUGACAUUGAGGAAGGACUUUCUGGACGGGGAUUCGAAGUUACUCGGCUGAACACAUACACAACGGCACCGGUCAAUCAUGUUGAUCAAUAUCUUCUUGAACUAGCACUCUCUGCUCCUGUUGUUGCUGUAGCAUCUCCUUCUGCCCUCAGGGUAUGGGCUAAUCUUAUUCCUGCAUCGAGACAGUGGGACAAUGCUGUUGCAUGUAUUGGGGAGACAACAGCUUCUGCAGCUAAAAGACUUGGGUUCAGAAAUAUAUACUAUCCAACAAGUCCUGGUCUUGAAGGGUGGGUAAGCAGCGUUCUGGAAGCAUUAGAAGUCCAUGAGCAAGUACAAAAGGUCUAAGAAAUUGUGCAGUGUGGCUUCUGGUUUCUUCUGAUGCUGAGUUCCUUCAUUGUUCAAAUCCUAGAAGUGAGCUAGACACUCUCGUUCCGGUUAAUACCUCGCAAGUCUCAUGCUUCAUAGGAGGUUGCGUUGGUUAGUACUUUUUGUUAAGUCUCUGCUUUUCAUGGUUUUGCAUUAACAUGAUUUUUCCGUAGUUUUACAGUAUAUUUGGAUUCUCAUUCCAAUAGUUAGAUGGCAAGCGAGAAAAAUAAUACCGGGAUUAAAAGUGAAUUGAUCUAAUCGCUGCAUAAUAUUUUGAGGUGUUUUUUUUGGUCCCAUUUUUCUUAAAUCUAUACUUUGAGAAUGGCAGGAAGGGAGUUGGCUUUGCAAAAAAGAAAUCAUGGCAAAUACUGCACGCUCUAAUAAAUAUAAGGGUAGUGUGUUUAUUUUAAGUACCCUCUUAUUAGUAGAAUACCAUGGGCGCUAUUGUAUUAUAGGGAGCUCUUUGAUCUGCAUUCCCAUGCGAAUGUCUUUUCCACGUAUUCAUCUAGUCAUAUUUAUGCUUGAAGAGUACGUACUAGUAGGUAGUGGACAUUAGCAGGCCUAAAAUCUACUCUCUUUCCCAAUUUAUAUUUUCUGCCUGUCUAUUGUUUCUCUAUCAUUUAAACAUGUUUCUAGGUUGGAUUUGUGAAUUGAAAUUCUUCUGGUUACUUUAGGUAGUGGGAGGGAAAGUGCGACAUUUGAUUAGUUCUAAAUUGCGGUAAUUCCAGCCUCACUUGCCAUAGGCAUCUGCUGUUAAUUGUUGUGUUUUGAAAAUUGUUGCUAAGUUGGGUAAUUAGUUAAAAUUAUGUAAAACAGUAAUUAGGGAUCAUGUUUCAUCAUAUGUUGUAUUUCUUCAACGUAGGUAAUGACAUAAACCAUCCUCUUGGUACUUUCUUGGUUCCA